AUGGAAAGCCAAGCCGAACCAGAGAGAAACAUCAGUUACACAAAGCUUGCAUUCUUCUUUUUUCUGUUAAGAACAACAUUAAUAGGCCUUGCUUUGUUAGAAGGGCCUUACUUUGCAUACCGUAGAGAAACAAGAACAUUCAAGGUAUUCGUGAUCUUUUUGGACAUAACAAAUAUACUACAAUUUAUAUUUCUAUGCGACAUAAUCUACCGGAAAAUCCUGUUUCAAUAUCUGUUGUACAUCCCCAUCCUUGCGUACUCCUUGACUCUUACAAUCACACUGGUAGUUGACGCACAUGAUUCCGAUGACAUUUAUUUUGAACUAGAGGGGAAGAUCAAGAGGCUGGCUAUUUCGUACAUCUAUGCAUACAUGGGAAUCAUUCUUGGGGAAUUUCUUCUUCUUCCAAUUAUAUACAGAAGGCUCAAGAGUGACUUCAUGUGGGCCAAUUUCAAGAAGGUAGGAGCUGACCCAGUUAUUAAUGAUGCAUUUAAGAGAAGAGAGCAGUUCAAUGCCAUUAGAAGAUUUAUGGUGAUAUUUCUGUGUGGAGAGGUUGCAACCUUCAACAUGGGUAUCAAGGAUCAUCAGGAUCUUUACUUUUUUGUAGCGGGGACACAAAUCUUUGUACUUGUUAUAUCGAGCAUUUUUUUGAAUGAAGAAUAUAUAAAUCAGAGAAGGUUUCUUCUCAUAGUUUCCGGGCUCUGUACUUUAAUUGGAAUAGCAUAUACAACAGUCUACAUUGCUCUGCUUUCUACUGGUAUAGGAAACAUAAGAAAAGGAUCGAUCUCAGAGGUAAUAUUCUACACGAUUACAAUGCUUAUUUUCUUCAUUGGUGCAUUGAGAGACUAUCAGGCGUUUGGUAAGGGAUUGAAGAAUUACUAUCAAGGAAAUCUUGGAAUAAGGAAGAAGCUUACCACUUGA